AUGCCUUGUAGAUUUUUAUGUUUUAAAACACCCGAAACAAAAUCUAAUUUUGUUUUGAUAAGGAAGGGUGUGAAAAGACUUAAGAGAGAGAAACUGGGUUCACCAUGUUGUUCUGACUCUUGUUGUCUUGUGUUGGUCGUGCGAAAGCCGAUCAGACUUGACGGCCCAGUGAAAACAGGCCAGGGUUGUGCGAAAGCCGACCGACUGACAGACAGGCCCAGUGAAAACAGGCCCUUGGUCGUGCGAAAGCCGAUCAGACUUGACGGCCCAGUGAAAACAGGCCAGGGUUGUGCGAAAGCCGACCGACUGACAGACAGGCCCAGUGAAAACAGGCCCUUGAUCGUGCGAAAGCCGAUCAGACUUGACGGCCCAGUGAAAACAGGCCAGGGUUGUGCGAAAGCCGACCGACUGACAGACAGGCCCAGUGAAAACAGGCCCUUGAUCGUGCGAAAGCCGAUCAGACUUGACGGCCCAGUGAAAACAGGCCAAGGUUGUGCGAAAGCCGACCGACUGACAGACAGGCCCAGUGAAAACAGGCCUUGGGUUCUGUGA